AUGCCCACCACAAGAAAAAAGUGCAAGAACAUUGCUGCAAAGCCAAACGUGACACACAGCAAAAAGGACGACGAAAAGCCGACAACGUCCAAAGAAGCGGCGGCGGCCAAUGAGAUUGUGAGAAAGAGCUUCAGUGCGGCACUUAUUGAUCGUGGUAGCCCGCUGGGGCAAAUGUCGCAGGAACCGUGGAAAUUAAGCUGUUGGAAGCUCUCUUCGCCCACAUUCGAUGGAUCAGGAUGGUUCAGCGGCGUCAAAAUCAUAAAGUGCAAGGACGACAGGUCUCUCAUAUGGGUUAUGGAAGUUGUGAAUAAGCUUCAAGGCCUAUGGGAAGGUGACGCACUUGAAAUAGUGGAUUGCAGCUCAGUACCAUGGAUACCAAAGGCGAAGGUGCUUAUACUGCGCACGGUAAACCCGGAGCAUGCGCUGCGUCUGCUACAAAUGCAGAAUAAAGAUCUACCUACCGACGACUGGGAGGUGAUGAAAGUGGCUAAAUCAGCGAAUGCAAAUGAAAGCCAGAACUGUAUUCUGCAGAUAAAUAAAACGGCGGAGGAAAUUUUGUACGUGGCGCAUUGGAAGCGUGUUCCUUCGUCUCAAAAAACGCAACCCAACGGAUUAAAUCGAAAACACGCUCAAAAUUGGCGAGAUGGAGAAGAUUCUCGGCAUUGA